UGAGCCUGAGGAAGUAAUGUAUGCAACCGUCAUGAAUGGGCUCAGCAAAAGGGGUCAUACUAAAAAAACUUUUAGUUUGCUCCGGUUAAUGGAACAAGGGAACACUAAGCCCGACAUAUAUAUCUACACCAUUGUUGUUGAUGCCCUUUGCAAAGAUGGAAACUUAGAUGCUGCUAUCACUCUUCUGAAUGAGAUGAAGCAGAGAAGUAUUCCUCCAAACAUAGUCACGUAUAAUACAAUAAUUGAUGGUUUGUGUAGGAUUGGUCAGUGGGGAAAGGUUAAGAUAUUGUUCUCUGAGAUGGUGAACCUUAAUAUUUAUCCAGAUGUGUGCAGCUUCAAUAUACUAACAGAUGGACUAUGCAAAGAAGGGAAAGUUGAAGAUGCGGAGGAAGUAAUGAAACACAUGGUCGAAAAGGGUGUAGAGCCUAAUAUAAUCACCUACAAUGCUAUAAUGGAUGGGUAUUGUUUGCGUGGUCAACUAGAUAGAGCGAGGAGAAUUUUUGAUAUGUUGAUAGAGAAUGGCAUUGAGCUUGACAUUUUUAGCUAUAACAUACUAAUAAAUGGAUACUGUAAGAAAAAGAAAGUGGAUGAGGCCAUGCAAUUGUUUUGUGAAAUUUCUAGAAAGGGAUCAAAACAUGAUACUGUUACCUACAAUACUAUCUUGCAAGGUCUGUUUGAAGUUGGAGGAAUUGGUGUUGCAAAACAAAUUUAUGUUGAGAUGCUAUUUGCGGGGACCAAGCCAAAUAUAUACACUCGUGCCAUUUUGCUCAAUGGUUAUUUUAAGUGCGGACUUAUUGAAGAAGCUAUGUCACUCUUUAAUAAGUUAGAAAGAAGCAGAGAAUAUACUGAUAUUGCAUUUUAUAGUGUUGUCAUUAAUGGAUUGUGCAAAAAUGGUAAACUCGACGCAGGUCAUGCUAUUUUUGAGAAGCUUUCUUUCGUUGGAUUGCUUCCUGAUGUGAGAACAUACAAUGUAAUGAUAAAUGGAUUUUGUCUCGAAAGGGUUGUUUGAUAAAGCUAAAGAUAUUCUAAGAAAAAUGGAAGACAACGGUUGUUCUCCAAACAAUGUCACUUAUAAUAUUAUUUUGCAAGGAUUUCUGAGGUGCAACAAAAUUAUUGAAAUGACAUCUUUUAUGAAGGAAAUGGCU